UAAAAAUACGCAUUCCAUGUUUAAGCAAAGCAAAAAUCAACAUCGUGAUUUUCAAAAUUUAUUAAAGUUAUGAGUUUACGUGAUUUAGAUUUCAGUUUAACUCAACGUCUUGUUUACAUGGUAAUCGUACUGCUGGUCAUACUAUUUAUAAAAGAGUGGCUUUCAACUGGGAGCACAUUAGAUUACGAUUAAAGUUAAAGUAUAUUAAGAGCUAUGGCCAGCUCUUCGAAUAGGCGCGUUUCAUAUUUUUAUAAUCCAGAUGUCGGCAAUUUCCAUUAUGGUCCCGGACAUCCCAUGAAGCCUCACCGUCUGUCUGUGACACAUAGCCUCGUAAUGAAUUACGGGUUACACAAGAAAAUGAAAAUUUACCGUCCAUAUAAAGCUAGUGCUCAGGAUAUGCUACGUUUCCAUAGCGAAGAGUAUAUAGAAUUCCUACAACAAGUAACUCCACAAAAUAUUCAUUGCAAUUCUGUGGGAUACACAAAAUACUUAUCUCAUUUUAGCGUAGGAGAAGACUGUCCCGUAUUUGAUGGAUUAUUUGAAUUUUGCUCCAUGUAUACUGGAGCUUCCCUAGAAGGAGCACAAAAGCUUAAUCAUAAUCACAGCGACAUUUGCAUUAACUGGUCAGGUGGUUUGCAUCAUGCUAAAAAAUUCGAGGCUUCCGGUUUUUGUUAUGUGAAUGAUAUCGUAAUUGGUAUAUUGGAACUCUUAAAGUAUCAUCCCAGAGUUCUUUACAUAGAUAUAGAUGUUCAUCAUGGAGAUGGAGUUCAAGAAGCAUUUUAUUUAACUGACCGCGUAAUGACCGUAUCUUUUCAUAAAUAUGGUAAUUAUUUUUUUCCUGGCACCGGCGAUAUGUACGAAAUUGGAGCAGAAUCAGGCCGAUACUAUAGCGUCAAUGUACCUCUUAAAGAGGGCAUAGACGAUCAAAGUUAUUACCAAGUUUUUAAACCUAUCAUCUCAGCGGUUAUGGAUUUUUAUCGACCUACCGCCAUUGUACUGCAAUGCGGUGCCGAUUCUUUGGCCGGUGACCGUCUGGGUUGCUUUUCAUUAAGCACUCGUGGUCAUGGUGCUUGUGUAGAGUUUGUUAAAGGUUUGAACGUGCCCACUUUGGUGGUAGGUGGCGGCGGUUACACGCUGCGCAACGUAGCCAGGUGCUGGACUCACGAAACAUCUUUACUAGUUGAUGAACCUAUAUCAAACGAAUUACCUAUGACAGAAUAUUUGGAGUUUUUUGCUCCAGAUUUCACGCUUCAUCCUGAUAUAAAUACUCGGCAAGAAAAUGCAAACUCAAAACAGUACUUAGAAGCUAUAGUUAAACAUGUUUAUGAAAAUUUAAAAAUGUGCCAGCAUUCGCCAAGUGUACAAAUGUUACAACUGCCGGUCGACGAGGACAUGGAAGAGCUGCGUAUCAAAGAGGAAAAAGAGGAUCCUGAUGUGAGAAUAUCGCAAUCGGAAGAAGACAAAAUUGUUGAACCGAAAAAUGAGUUUUUUGAUGGUGAACAAGAUCAAGACAAAGUUGAUAACGUAGUUGAUAGUUGAAAAAACCGUUCAAACGGUCGAGUGAUAUUUAGCAUUGGGUUGCAAUCAAAUUGUAUUUAAAAAGCAUACCAUGUGUAAUAAAUAAUAAGCUUACAU